AUGUUCAAGGAGGAGUUGGCCACGUUGAAGCGACUUGGGGUCAGACAUGUCCUGACCCAAGCGCUCAACUUCGCCAUGGUCCUUUCGACAGCUUUGAUGAUGUGGAAGGGCCUGUCGGUGGUCUGCAACACGGAGUCUCCCGUCGUCGUGGUCCUGAGCGAAAGCAUGGAACCGGCCAUCCAGCGCGGCGACCUCCUCUUCCUUACCAUGCCCCGCACCGCACCGCUCAAGCACGGCGACAUCACCGUCUACAAGGUCCCUGGCUCGCCCAUCCCGAUCGUUCACCGCGUGAUUGAGACGCACGACGAGAAGAACUCGACGGAACAGUGGAUCUUGACGAAGGGCGACAACAACCGCGUGGACGACGUCGGGCUUUACAACGGGAUGAAGUACUUGCGGCGGAGCCACAUCGUUGGCAAAGUCCAAGCCUACGUGCCAUACGUUGGCUACGGGACGAUUUUGAUGAACGACUACCCGAAGCUCAAGUACGCGCUGCUGGCAGUGUUGGGCGGAGGAAUCCUGCUGCAAAGGGGAUAG